AUGGUGGACUUGAGAAAAGUAAUUGGGAUCAUACUUCUCAUCAACGUAGCGUUUCUACUAUUUUUCCAUAGUGCUGGAGCAACGUCAGAGACCCCAAUAGUGUACCAGCAAACUCUUGCCCCAUUGUUUGAAGAUAAGAAGCCAUGGCCAGUAUUCUUAUCUCCACAAUGGGAUGAGUAUGAGUCUACUAGCAAUUUCACUGGAACUUUUCAAAACUUGAAAAAAGACAUGAACUACUGCACCAAAGUCAAGGAAUUCCAAGACAAGUACCCACUUCCCUUUAAAGCUGAUGGGCUGCCACCUCGAGAAAAUAGGGUAGUUUAUUGUGACUACUCCAAGUCUAUGUUUGUACACAAAGUGGUGGAAGAGAAAUCAAGAACUGUUUUAACGAAUCAUUGGGCAGGAAUAAAGGAUGCUCCUGAAAAGGACGAUUUGAGGCCUGAUAUCACGAUGUUUUUCCAAUUAACUAGCAGCUGGCACAGAAACUUCAAAAUUGGGUCUCAAUUUCUCUGUCCUGGGCAGCUUUACAACCAUAUCCCUGGAAAUGCGUAUUUGAAUUUCAAGGAUUUGACUGCUUUGACCAUGAGGGAAUAUGGAAAAUAUUAUGAAGGAAGAGAAAAAUGCUUCAACCCAUGGGAAGUCAUGCCCCACACUUUAGUGCUUUUUGAGAAAGAACAAUGUGAAGAGUUUGUGGAAUCUUUAAAAAAGGAUAAAAAUCCUGAUAAAAUCAAGUGGAUCUAUAAGAAGUCUAGGUACAGUCACAAUGGAAGCGGACUGCAAGUAGUUGAUGCACAGAUCGCUAAAGAAUUAUUAGAGCUAUACUCCAAACCUCAAGGGUGUGAAAACAAGAACGAUAAAUACCUUGCGCAGAAAUAUAUUCCUAAUCCUUUUCUCAUAAACGGCAAAAAAUUCGAUUUCAGAGCUUAUAUGUUUAUAGCCAGCACAGAUCCUCUCAUGAUUUUAUAUCACGAUGGCUUUUUAACUCUUCCACUGUGAGCGAUCAAAAAAUUUUUCUCAUUCACUAGCAGCUAAUUUUUUUGAAUUUUAUUUUCUUGAAAUAAACAGUCUCCAAUUCGCAAAAUUGAAAAGUAAAGAAUUAUAUAAUUUGUAAAGUUUAAAAUUCAGCAGAAUUUACUAUAAUGUAUUGGUAAUAUUUUAUUUUGCUUAUUUAUGGUAAAUUGAUUUUAAAAUGUCAAAAAAAUUUUGACAUGCCAUUAUAUAUAAAACUGAGUCUAUGGUAUUUAAAAUUUUUUUGGCAUUUUAAAAUCAAUUUACCAUAAAUAAGCAAAAUGAAAUUUAUGCAAGGGAUUAUAAAAAUUUGUUAUAGUUAUCAUUCGCAUUAAAAAGUUUUUCACUCAUCAGAGAGAAUAAGAGUAUCUAUGGCAGACUAUGAUGAAGACUCCUCAAACCCAGCAGUUUAUUUAACAAACACUCAUAUCACAGAAGACUACUUAAAGUCUAAAAAUAUGACUCAGGAUGAUUACAACCAGUUCAUGGAAGAUCAAGGCUGGGACUUUGAUCAUUUUAACAGGUUUAUGGUGAACAGCGGACAUGUUGAUAAGAACUGGAUGAACGAUUAUGUUAAGAAAUACAUAAAAUGGGCAAUGUUCCAUAUAGUAAGAAUGAACCUAGACCAUCUACUGAGACACCCAGGAGUGUUCGAGAUAUAUGGCUUAGAUUUCUUAUUAGACGAAGACUUUAAGCUGUGGUUCAUUGAGUUGAACUUAACACCUUCUAUUGCAGCCACCUCAAAAGAAAAAGAAAAAAUCAACAAGAAAUUCGUCAGCGACCAAAUUGAUUUGGAAUAUGCAAGACUCUAUGGGGCUGAUUUUGAUAGCAUUUUGAAAACAACCAAUUUCGAAUGGGUUUAUGAUGGUAGGAAGCAAGAAAUGGAGAGGUAUCAUGGCUUAAUAACGCCAGAUUGCGUUUAG